AUUUGACAAAAUAUACUUAACUGAUGAUCGAUUUUUUUAUAUAUCAAAUGUAUAUGAACUACUGUGUUUGUAUCGUGAAGUUGGACUGUUCUUCAUUUAAGGAAUAAUUUGGAACUAAUAAUUACCUGAGAGCCGGGGACCAUGCUAGAAACUACACACCAUUGGUUGCCCAUUAUAAUUACAUUCUAUGUACCCUUGUCUUUCUUUAUUACAUACUCUAUUGCCGUUGAGAACAAACAUGUUGAGCCCGGCUUCCCAUAUAUCAGUUAUACUGGAACCACACCUCCAGAAAGUUGUGUGUUCGGUCAGUUGCUCAACAUUGGUGCUGUUUUAGCGGGCGUUAUAAUUUACACAAGAUAUCGCCAAAGUCGCUUUCAUUUUGAGAAAAACCAGAACAACGAGAACUGCCAGAACGGCCAGAACAGCCAGAACGGCCAGAACUGCCAGAACGGCCAAAACGGCCAGAACAGCCAGAACUGCCAGAACAGCCAAAACGGCCAGAACUGCCAGAACAGCCAGAACGGCCAAAACGGCCAGAACAGCCAGAACUGCCAGAACGGCCGGAACUGCCAGAACGGCCAAAACGGCCAGAACUGCCAGAACGACCAGAAUUGCCAGAACGGCCAAAACGGCCAGAACGGCGAAAACGGACAGAACAGAGCAAGAAAAUGUUUAUUGCAUUUAAACACUGCCGCUUUCAUUACAGGGAGCCUUACCAUAUUUGGCGUAAGCUUAGCCGGGAAUUUCCAGGCAACAAAUGUUUGGGAAGUCCAUCUAGUUGGUGCUUUUUUGGCGUUUGGUGUGGGUUUUGUCUACAUGAUACUGCAGACGAUCAUUUCUUGCAUGUCGGUCUCUUUAAAUAUUCGAGGAAAUUCUCUUUGCAUCCGAGUGUUGAGGAUUGUUUUAUGUGUCGCUGAUUUUGUGUUAUUCAUUAUCUUGGGAAUAGCGGCUCGCCUGUCCAUAUCAAAGGGUCCUGGUCCUGGUAUAUCCAGACUACACUGGUCCUCGGAUGAACCUGGAUAUGCGGAACACCUGGUUGCAACAAUAUCGCAAUGGUUGGUAGCGUUCAUCACAUUAAUAUAUUUUGCUACGUUCUACGAGGAAUUCAAGCAUUUCCAAAUGACAGCACCGCAAGUCACACCUCGAACCCCCGGGAACAGUGUGGUGCCUGGUUAAUGGCGGAAGAAAUAUUCCUCAGUUUUUCCAAGUUAAAGUGGCAUUUACAUGGCCUAAAUCACAAUAAAGAUUUGACUCAUUUGACUCAUUUGUAAGCCAGUUCCUGUUUUCGUAAUAUAGUGAACCUAUACUUGAUUUUUUGGUAGUAUUUUCAAGAAGAUUUUUUUGCAUUUGUACUUUUUAUAGAAAUGUAAAUAAACCUUAAUACACAUGCGUUCAUACUCACAUCUUAGCUAUCAGUUUGGAAGAUAGCCCAUAGUAUUGAUCUGUCAGAUCAGUAGAAGAUACUUUACCCCUACUUUUCUUUGUGUUUUAUUGGUUUAUAGAUUUUUGUUAAAGAAUAAGCGAAGAACAUACUUUUAACAAUGGCUUUGGUUGUGUAUUACAGCUCUCAGAGGAUUGUAACUUUUAUGCAGAAUGUAUAGCAAAUUUAUUAACUACUGUGUAUCCUUCAGGUACAUUUUUAUGAUUAUAUCUCAGUUUAUGUGCAAAUGUACUACUUUUUACUGCAUAUAAGAUUAUCUUAUUCAUGUGA